AUGGUCUACUCUCAUGCCGUAGAGCUAAACCCGAUUCGUUUCUAUAAGAUCCAGCGCAAUCCCGAUCUUAAUAAUACACCGCCCAGGGUCAAACUAAAGCUCAACUUGAUGAAACUGGUUUCCAAGGCUGUUGGUACUUUGGCGUGCGGCAUUUACCAUCUUCCGAUACGCGGUAGCUCCAAUGGGUGGUCCAACGAGCUUUGA